UUUAUCUUAACCACAAAUUUCAAUCAAAACAUUACAUAUUUUCUUCUGCAUCGCCACAUCGUCUAAAAAAAAUCCCCAAAUUCGUUUCUCUUCGAUUCAAAAUCUCUCCGCAAAAAAUCCCCAAACACGAUCUCAACCUUGUGAGAUUUCCAAUCGAAAUCGAGAAGCCAUGGAUAACAGCAGCAGCAUCAAUUCCACCGCUUCCACGGCCUCAAAUCUGAGCACGGCUUCUCUGGAAAAGCUAGAUCAAGCGGCGAGCUGGGUCAGCACCACCGUUAUUUCCGCCUUCUUCGCCUCCCUCGAGCGUUGCUCAUGCGUUAACCUAUCUACCUCCGAUGAUGACGAUGAAGGCGAAGAAUCUCACAACCGUCCCCUUGCUCUCUCCGCCGCUCCUCACCCAGACGACAUCGUUUAGAUUCCCUUCGUUCGGUAAAUCCUUCUUCGGUUUCGCCUUCUUUUUAUUUUUGGUGAUCUAGAAAUUGUAUCAACUUUUGAUUGUACAUGCCAGAUUUGGUGUUUCUUCAAAUGUUUAUGUGUAAACCUGACUAUUAUUACCUGCGUUUGAUUCGAUAUGGUUUGUGAUUUGUGAAGUUUAUUUAUAUAUAUAUGCUUGAUUUUGGGAUUUUGAUUUUUACAUAGUUAGUCUGUUGAAAGAUUCAACUGCGUUGAUGAAUGUGAUUCUGGGAAUAUCUUGUGUGUGAUUCAUCUUUAGAGAAGUUUGCUUCUGUAUCUUUCAUAAUCAUUGGUCUCUUGUGGUUGUUGGUGAUGUACUGAUGUUUAACACAUGAUCUGGCUUCAUUUUGGAUACAAAGAUAACAAGUUUGCUUUGUAGGUAGAUUGGUUCAGAU